CCGAUCAGCGUUUUGUGGUUUUCAUGUAAAUACUAAAUAUGUAUCAACGUCGACCAAAAUCGAAGAUAUCGUGACGUGAUAUGCGCAUUUAGACCCUUAUAUUAAUUGUAUUACCGGUCGUAGGUAACGCCUCUUAAAAGCGGUUUCACAGUGAAAUCUUUAAGACGAUUUAAUUGGGCAUUUUAUUUACAUCUGUCUGGUACGCUUUUAUUUACGGUACGUCUGGUUGGUACGCGUUUUGUCAGCGAAGGUUCAUGUGAAAUCUAUCUUGAUCGUCCACAAUCUGCAGUUUUUAAAUUGACCUGAUGUUGCGGAUUGAAAAGAAUUUGUUUUUACUUUGCAAAAAUAUUUGGCGCAGAAGCAACGGGACGUCGGAUCGCCCUGUGCGAAUCUGGAAUAUGGAGCUUCGGACGAUUGACUGAGCCUGGUUCGCUGAUCAGCUGACGCGUUUUGUUCCUCGACAUUGACGAGUGAAAAGAAUGGCGGAAACUCCGCUCAGGGAUAAUAAAGAUUUGUGUUGCUAUUUUGUCACGAAGCACUCGUGGAAGGGAAAGUACAAACGAGUGUUUUCUGUUGGCACUAAAGGAAUUACCACCUACAACCCGGGAUCAUGCGAAAAUACGAACCAGUGGGCAUACAACGACAUCGUGUCGAUUGCGCCAGCCACAAAAGGCCACGGUGGAGCGGAAUUGACGCUCACUGUGCGCAAAGGAAAAAAGAUUGACACAUUGAAAUUUUCUUCGGAUCACCGGACUGACAUUCUGACAGAAUGCCAACGAUUUCGCCACUUAUUUCACGAGACAUCCAAAUCAAGGCCGAAGUAUAACGCUUAUAAGCACCAUUGGUCGGAUAAUCGAAUUCCUGCCACUCUGGAAAUCGGAUAUUCGGGAUUGCACCAAGUGGAUCCUGCAACCGGUGUCCAGCGAUCUGUUUACGAUUACAAAGAUAUCGAAGCAAUCGCAUUGGUGUCGGAUUAUCCUGGCGGUUUUUGCAUCUUUACCGGAGGUUUCGAGAGAUUGCAUAUGUUUGCGAGCGAAAGUCGGGAUGCAGUAAUUCGGGACAUUUCGGAAGCCGCCUCGCAGUACAUUGGACUGCAUUUAACGGCUCGGAAGGAGCCAAUCAACUUUGAUCGCUUCAGUACCGAGAGAUUUGGAAAAUAUAGCACCGACGAAGCGUUGACGAGUCUGAGCGAAUUUGUCGUUCAAAAGAUAACGACGAAAUCAUCCACAGGUGCUGUGAAGCGAAUCCUUUGCCUGAGUGAAUCGUGCCUUUUGGAACGGGAUCCCGGGAGUUACGCUAUAUGCACACUUAAACCCUUAUGUGACAUAUUCGCUAUUGUUCGCCACGUGGAUAAUCCCCAGCUUUUCAGCAUAGAAUAUGUUAAGGGACAGACGAGAACGUACGCAUCGACUGACCGUGAUUCGCUUUUGGCCACAAUAAUGGACGGUGUUCGAGCAGCCGGCAACCGCGAUAUACAUGUGAAAAUGUAUCCCACCGAGCGCGGCUAUCGUCUUGGACCAUUUACCAUUCCGGUCGACGAAGAAGUGGAAAGCCAGCAUUUACGGUUUCUGCAGAUUUCACCGGCCGGAAUGUUGUUUUCGGAAGUCGUGCAACGGUUUAAUAGCAACAUUUCAUACAGCGGACUUCUUCAUGCCGUCACUCAAGAUGGUUUGUUUGCGGAAAAUAAGGAAAAGCUAAUUAAUGUAGCCUUGAUGGCACUGGUGGAGCGUGAUAUGGAUUUGGAUAUUGCAAAACCGGAAGAUGUGGAAGCUCAGUUUCAAGCACUGCGACGCCUCUUUGCCUCCAAAGCUGGGUUUAUGGCUUUCACAAAUAUUCCCACCCUACGAGAAAAAAUCGGCAGCCGAGUGAUCAAGGCACUCAGCAAGAACAACGAUGCUAUUACUCAUGCAGUAUUGGAUAUGUUAUGUGCCUUAAUGCAGCCCAUGCAUGACGAUUAUGACUUGCGACAAGAACAGAUUAACAAAGCUUCACUUAUGUCGUCGAAAAAAUUUAUGGAAGGAAUUUUGGAAGUGUUUUCUACCCACGUGCAACGAGGGAGUGGUGCUUUAAUUAUCAGCGCAACGCUGGAUUUUUUAACCUUUGCCUUGUGUGCACCGUACAGUGAGACAACUGAUGGAACGAUGUUUGAUCAGAUGCUGGAAAUGGUUGCUGCUAGAGGGAGAACUAUGUUUAAGCUGUUUCAGCAUCCUUCAAUGGCUAUUGUGAAAGGCGCCGGGUUGGUAAUGAAGGCCCUGAUUGAAGAAGGCGAAGACGAUGUUGCCACGAAGAUGCAAGAACUAGCUAUGUCCGAAGGCGCUUUACCUAAGCAUUUACACAUUGCUCUAUUUACACAAAGUCUGGAUAGUCGAGUUCUUACCAACCGUCAACUUAGCCGAAUCCUUGUAUCCUUAUGGGUAUCGGGAAAUGAAAGUGCCAUGUCACUUCUUUCACGAAUUAUGCCUUAUGGACUUUUGUACUAUUUGGAAUCCAGCGAAGAAGUGCCGGAGCAUGAAAUCGAUCGUAUUCACCAGCGUGAUAAUUUACAACUAGCUGUUGAUAUCCAGAACAAAAACAAAGGAAACGCACAGUGGAAGGUAAUUGAAAAACAAGUGUCGACCCUCUUGAAACAUUGGAGAGCUCGUAUCGGGAUGGAAAAUCAAGAUGAAAAGGUCCAGCGCAUUGUGGUGUUGCGGAAGCGCCGACAGAAAAUAAAGAGCGAAUCAAACUGGGAUUUGUUUUACUACCAAUUCUUGAGAGAUCAUGCCAGAGCAAAUUUAAUCUGGAAUCACAAGACCCGAGAAGAACUACGGGAAUGCUUGGAGAAUGAACUGCGCGCUUUCAACGUCGACAAGGAUCUUGGCGCCGGUAAUAUUAUUUCCUGGAAUCAUAUUGAAUUUGAGGUUCCAUAUAACUGCCUAAAUGAAGAGAUCAAAAUCGGGGACUAUUUUCUACGACUUCUUCUGGAAGAAGGCGAUUCAGAUGAUGAAGCCAGUCCGAUGAACAAACCGAAGGAAUUCUUUUUCGACCUGUACCAUCGAUUUCUUCUUUCGCAAAAAGCUUCUAUGAAAAGCAAUUGCCUGCAAGCGAUGACAAUUGUUUAUGGACGCUGUUCAGAAGAAAUAGGUCCUUUUAACGAUACCAAGUAUAUGAUGCUGAUGUUGGAUAAGUGUAUGGAUAAAUUGGAGCGCGACCGACUGUUAAUUUUUGUGGAUAAAUUGAUCUCGAACAAGCAAAACGUGAAAGACCUGAUCGAUGCUAAUGGCAUUCGAACGUUGGUGGACCUGCUGACACUCGCACAUUUUCACACCAAUCGAGCAGUUAUACAUACUCAGACCAAUGUCAUCGAAGCGGGAGCUGAUUCUCGAAGGGAUACUGAAAAAGAGUGGUAUUACGGCAAUCUUGAAAAAGAACGCCUGGGUCCAGUCAGCAUGGCUGAGUUACGAGAAUUGUGGGAAAGUGGUGAAAUCAAUCAGAAAACAAGAUGCUGGGCCCAAGGUAUGGAUGGUUGGCGACCACUGCAGCAUGUUCCUCAGUUGAAAUGGAUACUGAUGGCCGGUGGAAAUGGUGUCAUGAAUGAAAGUGAUCUGGCAUCUUUGGUCCUGGGGAUGUUGAUCAAAAUUUGUGAGCUGUAUCCGAGCAGAGAUGCUGAUAAUUCAAUAAUUCGUCCCCUCCCGAAAGCUAAGAGGCUUUUAUCCGAUCCUUCUUGCCUCCCGCACAUCGUUCAGCUUUUGCUGACAUUCGAUCCCAUUUUGGUGGAGAAAGUGGCUACAUUACUUUAUCACGUAAUGCAGGACAAUCCGGUUCUUCCACGACUGUAUCUGUCCGGCUGUUUCUUCUUUAUCAUGAUGUACACUGGCUCUAAUUUGUUACCAAUUGGACGUUUCCUGCACUACACGCAUACCAAACAGGCGUUCCGAAGCGAAGAAGUUAAAUCAUCCACACUGCUUCAGCGUAGCAUUCUGGGACCAUUGAUACCGGAAGCUAUGAUUUGCUAUCUGGAGAAUUAUGGUUCGGAUAAAUUUGCGGAAAUAUUCCUGGGCGAGUUCGAUACACCUGAAGCCAUUUGGAAUUCGGAAAUGAGGCGGUUAAUGAUUGAAAAAAUUGCGGUCCACAUAGCUGAUUUCAGCCCGCGGCUCCAGAGCAAUGCUCGUGCAUUGUAUCAGUAUUGCCCGAUUCCUACUAUUAACUACGUGCAACUGGAGAACGAGCUGUUCUGCAAUAUUUAUUACCUCCGACAUCUGUGUGACGUUCGACGAUUUCCAGAUUGGCCAAUAAAAGAGCCGGUGAAAUUGUUGAAAGAUGUCCUGGAAGCUUGGAAGAAAGAAGUGGAGAAGAAACCACCGACGAUGUCGGUGGACGAUGCAUACGAUGUUUUAGGUGUCAAGAAAGGCGGAAAAGCAAUUGAUGAGAAUGUGAUUCGUCGGGCGUAUUUUGCGUUGGCUCAGAAGUAUCACCCUGAUAAAAAUCCGGACGGACGGGAAAUGUUUGAGAAAGUGAACAAGGCAUACGAGUUCUUGUGCAGUCGUACUGGGAAAGUAUCUGACGGACCUGAUCCACAGAACCUGCUCCUCAUUUUACAGACACAAUGCAUUUUGUUCAGCCGUUAUAGCGAAGAGCUUCAUCCUUUCAAAUAUGCCGGCUAUCCGAUGCUCAUUCAAACUAUCACAAUGGAAACCCAAGAUGAUAAUCUUUUUGCGAAGCCUGUGCCUUUAUUGGCGACUGCAUGCGAGCUGGUUUACCAUACUGUGGCUUGUUCGGCGCUUAAUGCUGAAGAACUUCGUCGAGAAAAUGGAUUUGAGAUACUGGAAGAUGCGAUGCGGCGCUGCGUAGACCGUUUGUCUAUCUCAUCCAAAUUGGAAGAUUUGAAUGUACAAGUUUGUAUGAAUAUUGCGCGAUGUUUCGCUGUGGCGGCUCAGUUCGAGCAGUGUCGCGAACGCCUGUCCGAAAUGCCGGACGUUAUCCGAGAUCUGUGUCGUUUGCUAUAUUAUUCGCACCUUUUCCGACUGUGUUGCGUGGCCGUGGAAGCCGUAAGCGCGUUUUCUGUGGAUGUACUUUUGCAAACACAACUAUUCAAAGCCGGUGUUCUGUGGCAUCUUCUUUUGUUCCUGUUCCGGUAUGAUUUCACGUUGGAAGAAGGAGGUGUGGAACGUAGUGCGGAGACGAACCAACAGGAAGUAUCUAACAAUCUGGCUAAACUGAGUAUUGUGGCGUGCGCUCGACUGGGUGGUUAUCUCAGAGGGGCGGCCUUUGAAACACCCGAAAACCGGGAAAUUCGACAAGCCCUUUGCACCAUGCUUACUCCAUAUGUCACGAAACAGUUUCAGAAGUGCAGUCCACACGAAUUGCUGAAAAUUCUGAACAGCAACAUUCGAACUCCGUAUUUGCUGUGGGACAAUGGCACCCGGGCAGAAUUGUCGGAAUAUCUGAACAGCCAGCGUGAUUCCAUGCAGCGCAGUGGCGAAUGUGACCCAAGCUUCGGAACCGGCUUUGUCCACUCUGCGCAUUCAUCCGAACUGAUUAUUGGGGAUAUCUUCAUCCGAAUUUAUAACGAACAACCCACAUUUCCGAUCGAAGACCCCAAAGCUUUUAUAAAAGAUCUUUUGCAUUAUUUGGGAUCGGAAGCGCAGUAUGUUCAUUCACUUAUGUCGAUGCCAGACAAAAAGGGUGUGAAGAUCGAUGCGAAACGAAUUAGUAAUGUGGAAAUGGCACUAGAAGCACUGCGUAAUAUCGUCCGAGCCAGCCCAGGUGUGGAACUGCAGUGUGUUGGGCAUUUUAAACUCAUUUUUGGUCUGCUAAGAAUGGAUAAUUCGGCAAAAUUGCAAUCGGUAGCCCUGGAAGCAAUAUCAUGUGUGGUUAGCAAUAAAGAAUGCGUUGUGGAUAUUGCAAAUGCCGAAGUGUUAGGAAAUUUGAUGCCCUUAAUGCAUUCUGUUCCAAAUGCGCGGCCAGUUAUCCUAGAGGUUCUUCACCCACUGGUUUCAAAUUCAAAAAUUGUCAAGGAAAUGAUGUCGAAGGGCGCUCCGAUAUAUUUGCUGGAUAUGUUCUGCAAUUCAACAAAUGGUCAAGUUAGGGAAAAAACCGCAGAACUGUUUGCUAAAAUGAUGGCGGAAAAGCUUAACGGGCCCAAAUUACGAUUGCUUUUGGCGAAGUUUCUACCGAAUAUCUUUAUGGAUGCAAUGCGAGAUGCCCCGGAAACUAGUGUGCAUAUGUUCGAAGGCGCCCAUGAGAAUCCUGAAUUGAUAUGGAACGAUGAAGCUAGAGAAAAGGUUUCCGGUACCGUGAAAGAGCUGAAAGAAAGGUUCUAUGAAAUGCAAGCAAGAGAUCCAAAUGUUUAUUGGAAUCUGCCGCCCGAUUACGAUACAAUAUACAGCAACGUGCAAGGAGAAAUUGUUGUUGGUGGAGUUUUCUUGCGCUUGUUCGUAGCUAAUCCUGGCUGGAUACUGCGGAAACCGAAGGAAUUUUUCAUAGAUAUUAUGGAUCGCUUUUUGGAAUUGGCUGCUAUUCCCUCUCCGCCGGGCGAAGAGCUUGAGCUGGUUACGACAGCUAUUGUUGUCUUCCUGGAAGCCCAGCCGUUAAUGGCAGAUCAGGUUCCUACGUUUGGACACGUUCCACAGAUAGUUCAACUUUUGAAAAACAGUAACGAUGCCGUCGUUAGUGCCGCUAUUAAAGUGGUGCACCAACUGGCCAAGAGUCCGGUUUGCAUAAACAGUUUAGCCAGUGUUGAUUGCAUUAACGGAAUGAAGUUGGCGAUGAAACGAAACCGUUCCGUAACGCCCUUAGCAUGCGAGGCGCUGAACAGUAUUUACGAAGAUCCGAAGGAUGAACUAGUAUCACAGGCCUUGAGCUGCGAUCUGAUACCGUUUCUCCUGAACUUGUUGGGAAGCCCAUUAGAGUUUAUUCCUAAUCCAGCUGGAAUUAAGGCUCAUAUUGUUAAAGCACUGAAAUCCAUGGCUAAAAGCUUGACACAUGGAGAGAAGGUCACCAGUAUUCUGAACGCUUCCAAGAUAUGGUCCGAAUUCCGAGACCAACGGCAUGAUCUAUUUAUUACGCAGUCGACGACGGCUGGUUAUCUGACAGCAGGUACGCCUGGCGUUGCCGGUUAUUUAACGCAAGGUAGUGCGAAAACUAUGCCCGAUGCUCCUCCGCCGAUGGAAGGAGACUACGAGUAUCAUCCACAUCAGUUGUGAUUAUUUUUACUGGCUUGUUGAAUUUGAAUGGUAUAUCAAGCAUUUGUUGAUUGUCGCAUUUUUACGAAUUGAUACAUCCCGUGAGUUUGUGAAGGUUCAGAUUCAUUUCUUACGAUUUGUUACGCGUUUUUUAUAACUUCCCUUUCCGGUUGUGAUGCCCUUGACAACCUUCUUGCUCUGAUGAGUCGAUUUUAAAGUGCUUGCAUAUACGGUGUGUAUAACUACCUAGUCAGAUGACCAAUUCGUGCAAUAAUAAAAAUGACUGAAAUCAAGA